UGCCAGACCCGGCAAUGUCUCCGUGCUCGUCGCUUUCGUAGAGUGCGGAAUUCUACCUUUUUUUUCCCACGCUUGCCAUGGCGAGCCGAGGGGCCCGGCAGCGCCUGAAGGGAAGCGGGGGCAGCGGCGGGGACACGGCCUCGGCCGCCGACAAACUGCGGGACCUGCUGUGCAGCCGGGAGGCGGGCAGUGCGGAGCCGCGGCCCGAGUUAUCUGGGAACAAAGCCGGACAAGUCUGGGCACCUGAAGGGUCUACGGCUUUCAAGUGUCUGCUCUCAGCAAGGUUAUGUGCUGCCCUCUUGAGCAACAUCUCGGACUGUGAUGAAACAUUCAACUACUGGGAGCCAACACACUACCUCAUCUAUGGGAAGGGGUUUCAGACGUGGGAAUAUUCCCCAGCUUAUGCCAUUCGCUCAUAUGCUUACCUGUUGCUUCAUGCCUGGCCAGCUGCAUUUCAUGCGAGAAUUUUGCAGACAAAUAAGAUCCUUGUCUUUUAUUUUUUACGAUGUCUGCUGGCUUUUGUGAGCUGUAUAUGUGAACUUUACUUUUACAAGGCUGUGUGUAAGAAGUUUGGGCUGCAUGUGAGUCGAAUGAUGCUAGCCUUCUUGGUUCUCAGCACUGGCAUGUUUUGCUCGUCAUCAGCGUUCCUUCCUAGCAGCUUCUGUAUGUACACUACCUUGAUAGCCAUGACUGGCUGGUAUAUGGACAAAACUUCCUUUGCUGUGCUUGGAGUAGCCGCUGGGGCCAUCUUAGGCUGGCCAUUCAGUGCCGCCCUCGGUUUACCUAUUGCCUUUGAUCUGCUGAUCAUGAAACACAGGUGGAAGAGUUUCCUUCAUUGGUCAUUGGUUGCUCUAAUGCUGUUUCUGGUGCCUGUGGUGGUCAUUGACAGCUACUAUUACGGGAAGCUGGUGGUUGCACCACUCAACAUCGUUUUGUAUAAUGUCUUUACUCCUCAUGGACCUGAUCUUUAUGGCACAGAACCUUGGUAUUUCUAUUUAAUUAAUGGAUUUCUGAAUUUUAAUGUAGUCUUUGCUUUAGCCCUCCUGGUCUUACCACUGACUUCUCUCAUGGAAUACCUACUGCAGAGAUUUCAUGUUCAGAAUUUAGGCCACCCAUAUUGGCUUACCUUGGCUCCAAUGUAUAUUUGGUUUAUAAUUUUCUUCAUCCAGCCUCACAAAGAGGAGAGAUUUCUUUUCCCUGUGUAUCCACUAAUAUGUCUCUGUGGUGCUGUGGCCCUUUCUGCACUUCAGAAAUGUUACCACUUCGUGUUUCAGCGAUACCGCCUGGAGCAUUACACCGUGACGUCGAAUUGGCUGGCAUUAGGAACCCUCUUCCUGUUCGGGCUCCUGUCUUUUUCUCGCUCUGUGGCACUGUUCAGAGGGUAUCACGGACCUCUUGACUUGUAUCCAGAAUUUUAUCGAAUUGCCACAGACCCCACCAUCCACACCGUUCCUGAAGGCCGACCCGUCAACGUCUGUGUCGGAAAAGAGUGGCAUCGCUUUCCCAGCAGCUUCCUUCUGCCUGAGAAUUGGCAGCUUCAGUUCAUUCCAUCAGAGUUCAGAGGCCAAUUACCAAAACCUUUUGCAGAGGGACCACUGGCCACCCGGAGCGUCCCUGCUGACAUGAACGACCAGAACUUGGAGGAGCCGUCCAGAUACAUUGACAUCAGUAAAUGCCAUUAUUUAGUGGAUUUGGACACCAUGAGAGAAACACCCCGGGAGCCAAAGUAUUCAUCCAAUAGAGAAGAAUGGAUCAACUUGGCCUAUAGACCAUUCCUUGAUGCUUCUAGAUCUUCCAAGUUGUUGCGGGCAUUCUACAUUCCCUUCCUGUCAGAUCAGUAUACAGUGUAUGCAAACUACAGCAUCCUCAAACCCCGGAAAGCAAAGCAGACCAGAAAGAAAAGCGGAGGUUAGCACCAUGCCUGUGGGCCCAGAGGACGCCCAUCCUGUUCACUGGUGAUUCCACUGACAGGACGCCCUCCAAGCCAUCGCUUGUAACGUGUGUAAUAAAGGCCGUGUGACACGAA